CUCCUUUCAUGGCUGAGGAUCAUGAGGACCUCAUCAUAUUUCUGAUAAUUGAAAGUAUCUCCUGAUCUGAAAUACCCAACAAAUUUUGAGUUCUUGUAGUGCUUCAUGCUUCGAUGAAUUUCUUUCAUAUCGCUUGCUCUGAAGAUAUGCUGAUCUACGAUAUGAUCUUUAAUGCAAGAUAUUAGGAUACUAACUUUCCCAGUGGCUUGGUCUUCAAAUGUUUUGCAUACAUUAUUGGUGAUGUUUGCCUUUUCAAAAGGGUUCAAAACUAUUGGCAUAACCAAAGAGUCAUUGAAAUAAUUAAGUGGAGAUAAGUCAAUGUUGAACCGAAGAUCAGGUCCUGUAAAAUACUCUGAGAUUCUGAAUGUAAAUUGGUGGUGAUUGUAAGGGUAAAUCAAGCUCUUUGAAUUUACAGUAGUGAGAUAUGCUCCCAUAUUGUAACCAUCAAGACAUCUAAUUGUAAAACUUUGUCUGAGGUGUCCUUUUCAGCUAAUACUACUGCAAGCCUCUAUAGUUAUAUUGUAGGUCAUAUUAAUCCAGGGUUGAUACUUAUCAGGAUCUUUCAUUGUAUCGAUCACUAACUCGGAAUCCAUAAUUUCAUAUACUUCCCACUUCUCAGAAUUUUUGACAAAGAUAAUAUCUUGGUGAAAGGUCAGGAACAGGAUGCUCGUGAUAGGUUGGAAGAAAUCCUUAAGAGGGAUGUCUAUAUGACCUAUUGCAAAGUAAGUCUCUUCUCUGUUAAAAACUCUGAUUACAUUUUCUCGAUAUUUGUUAUCAUAAAUCAACAUUGCUACAUACUUCUCAUUACUUGUGAUUAAGUCUAGGCUCUCGUACCUGAGCUCAUCUACAAAACUUCUGUAGGUUCUGUAUAAGUUGACAUUGUUGUCCAGAUCUAUCCUGAAUUCAAUGACAACUGGAGGUGAUGUGAAGCUCGUGAAGAAAGUAAAUCAGUUAUUAUUAUUUCUGUAAGCCUUCUCUGAGAAAAUAUUCACAGUGCCUGAAUUUGGAUAAUUGAAAGUUAGUUCUAAAAUUGGAGAGUCAUUUCCUUCUGUAGUUAUGGGAAUUUCUGAACUGAUCCUGAAAAAGAUCAGACCGUUGUUGUAGCAACUUAAUAUCAAAUGAUGCUCUUCUAGAGGCCCUUCUUUAUCCUUCCUGUUCUUCGACCUUGUUGUAAAAUGGACUGCUUCUCUAAGGUUAAAAUCGAAUUCAAGAGGACCUUGCUCAGAAGAGUUCAGAAAAUCAUCUUUUGUGUAUUCAAAAGUUUUCAGAUGUGUUAUCUUUGAUUUUUCAAGUCUUGAAAUAUCAUACACUGAGGCUUGCAGAAUAUUAUUCUUAUGUGCAGUUGCUGCGAAGAGAUAAAGCUUAUUCAUAAUCACCGAAGAUGCUAUGGAUAUUUUUCCAGUUGGGUCUACAUCAAAAUAGGAAAGCAUGGGAAUUACUUUGAUAAUGAACUCUUUAUUUAUAGCUCAUUUUCAUCCAAAGAAGGAAGCUUGUAGACUUAUACCUACAGCCAAUAGUAUAUAACUCUGCCAUUAUGAUUGUGUUUAUUCCAUUACAUUUUACAUCUCUGAUACUUUUGAAUCCAAUAAUCUUCCUAAUGGAGAAGAUCAGACUGAGUUUGUAUGCUCUUUGAACUCCAUUGUUGGGAGACGAAUCUACCCAAAAAUCAUUGAGGAGAUUAGCUCACUCUUCUUGAUCAUCCUCGGUCUGAAUCAUGACUCUACUAGGUUCAGCAUUUGUUUUGAUAUUUGUGAAGUCAAGAAUCCUGAUAUAAAAAUCUUCUGAAAUAGAGAGUAUAUACUUCUUUUCUUGUUUGCCUGGUUCAUGAAUAAUUAGCAACCUUGUAGUGUCAAACAAUGAAUCUGUUAGCUUCUUAAUAUUAUAGGUUCCACUAGUGACCAUCUUAUAGCUCUCUUGAGGGAUCUCUAUAAAUGAGGAAUCGAGCUGAUAUUUCUCAGCAUCCGGGAUUGAGAGGGUAUAUUGCAGGAAAGACCCUCCAAAAUAAUCUUUGAGACGGAGUCUAAUCACCUCAUUUUCUUGAAUUACUAUAAAGGUCAUUACAUUGGCUUACCAAGGUCGGGGAUAGGUUCUCUGUAAUACAGUAAGCUUCUAUAAUCGCUACAGUAGUAUAACUCUAGAGUUAGAAGAGUUAGAGUUAAUUGUAUGA